UGUGUGUGUGUGUUAUGGAGCAUCCAAAUAGAAAUUCCUUCCCAAAGAUAGAGACUACAGAGCAAGCUUCCAAGUGGAACGUUUCUUGUUCGCAAAGAGCCAAGAAUACUUUCAAUCCCAUCCGAAAUUUUGUUCAAAAUACCACAGUAAAACCAAACCCUGAGAAGUCUCCUAUUCGUUUGUCUGUGGGAGAUCCCACGGAAUUUGGCAACUUGGUUAUACCUCAACAAGCUGUUCAUCAACUAUCUGAAAACAUAUUGUCAGGAAAGUACAACGGAUACACUAUGUCUUUUGGAACUCUGGAAGCAAGGAAAGCUAUUGCAGAGUAUUUUUCUUCUCAGGAGUGUCCCGUCCAACCCCAGGAUGUACUCUUAACUUGUGGUACUGCUGGAGCAAUAGAACUGAUUCUUUCAGCUUUAGGAGAUGAAGGAAAGACUGUGCUUAUUCCUAAACCAGGUUUUCCGUUGUUUCAAACCAUAGCAAGUAGUCUUGGGUUAAAAACCAAGCCGUAUCGAUUAAAACAAGAAGAUGGUUGGCAGGUUGAUCUAGAGGACCUUCGUUCUCAAAUUGAUCAGGACACUGUUGCUAUUAUCGUAAAUAAUCCAAGCAACCCUUGUGGAAGUGUUUAUACCAAACAACACUUACAAGAUAUCUUGGAUGUGGCUGAGAAAUGUAAAAUUCCUAUUAUUGCUGAUGAAGUAUAUGCAAAUAUGUGCUUUGAUGGCAUACCUUUUUAUUCUGUUGCCUCUCAAAGUCGAAAUGUACCCGUUAUUUCACUCGGAAGUAUCAGCAAACUAUUUGCUGCUCCUGGAUGGAGACUGGGUUGGUUAAUUGUUCAUGAUAGACUUGAGAUAUUACUUGAUGCUGGAGUCGUUCAAUGUUUACAUCAAUUGACCAUGAGAAUGUUAGUUCCUAGUUCUCUUAUACAGAGCAUAGUUUCAACGUUAUUUUCGGAGCAUUGUAUAAAGGAACAGUCUCGAAUCGUAGAACAGUUAGAACGCAAUGCUAAUGCAGCUUAUCCCUUGUUGAGGGAAAUUCCUGGUUUAUCUUGUACAAAGCCACAAGGUGCUUUAUACAUGUUUAUUCAUUUGGAUCUGAAUGUUCUUGCUUUUGAAAACGAUGUUGAGUUUACAGAGUUGUUGUGGAAAGAAGAGUCUGUUUUUGUGAUUCCUGGAAGCUGUUUUGGUUGGAAUGGAGCUGCUCGAAUUGUUCUGAAUGCUCCUGGUCCCAUAAUUACAGAAGCUUGUCAUCGAAUACGAAGUUUUUGUGAACGCCAUCAUUAUCGUGUAUAAACGAUGUUAUCAUUCAGUACAAAUGUUUUUCCGUAAACUUAUCCCCUCAUUUUGUUGUGGAACGAUAACUGUGUAGCUCGUUUAUAACGAAGAAAUAGUGGAACAUACUUCAUGCUAUUGGAAAAUGGAAUAAGGAACAACGCAACUAAUGGAUGGAAACGAAGACUACAAUUUUUUUGGCGCACUUUAAAUGUUCAUAGAAAAAUGCUAUCAAGGCAGGUUGUUUGUAUUCCAUUUCA